AUGGCCCGCGCCGCUACUGCCACCUCUUCCAACAACAGAGACGACCAAGAUAACUCACAGGCGCAGGACACAAAAGCCAGUAAGCGGCGCUGUGUCCAGUCGGCUUGUGUGCCCUGCCGGAAACGCAAGUCCAAAUGUGACGGUGGUACACCUGUGUGCGCGACUUGCACUGCCGUCUACAAGACUGAAUGUCACUACGAUGCUGAGAGCGAGAGUCGUCGCACUAAGGCUGCUCCGACGAUCGCAAACAAUACUGGGAUCAAGCGCGACGCCUCCCUUGUCGCCGCCUCCAGCCCUGAGAAUGUCUCGAGCGCCGAAUUUAUCGUCAAUUCGCUGAGACAUCUACCUGACGAGCAUGUCCAAGAAUUUCUCAAUCAUAUUCGAAGAGACCCCAGCCUCGACCUCACCUCUCUAGCUGAAACAUGGCGCAAGAACGUGACGUUGACGCAGAGCGAGCCCGUCGACGUUCAAAGCCUCGAGUCAGAUCUUAGUGUGCUGCUUGGGAAGCCAUCUGUUACAUCCACCGGCCAGAGCAGACACUUUGGACAUUCCGCAAGCCUAGGCCUGGUACCCGAAGAUGAGGAUUUCGGUGGCGGGCGGCUGCGUACCAACAGCGUGAAGCUAGAGCGUCAAGGGUCAACAUGGACCAACGUAACCGAUGACCUGGCCUUUGUUGAGACGCUGCUUGACCUCUAUUUCACCUGGAGUCAUCCCUUCUAUGUGCUCUUCAGCCGAGAGUGCUUUUACAAGGACUUCAGAGCGGGACGCGACAAGUAUUGCUGCUCUCUACUGGUCAAUGCUAUAUGCGCAUAUGCAUGUCAUCUCACAGAAGACCCUGCAGGUCGCACGGAUCCUGACAACUUCCGUACUGCAGGCGAUCACUUCUUUGCCGAGGCCAGGCGACUUCUGUUCGAAGAUGAAACCCCGAGCCUGACGACUGUUCAGGCGCUCUGCAUCAUGUCGAUGCGUGAGCCGAGUACAGGGAGAGAAAGUUCAGGCUUUUCGUACAUGGGAAGGUGUCUUCGUAUGUGUGUUGAGCUUGGUUUGCACUUGAACUAUGGCGCCAAUUCUGCGCUGGGCUUGACACCAAGUGAGAUCGAAGUGAGAAAGGUCACAUUCUGGGGCUGCUUCACUGUGGAUACAAUCUGGACGAUCGUUACUGGCCGCAUAUCUCAGCUCCCUCGAGCUGCCAUUACUCUCGAAAAGCCUAUGCUGGAAGAGACGUCUGACCUUCCUGAGGCUUAUCCCGCCCCCUCACAAAUCGCAGGAGGCGGAGUCGUAACCAUUCGCAUGUUCCUCCAGGAAUUCACAUCGCUCGUGGAGCUCGUCAAUGACAACAACCACAUGUUCUUUGCGCCAAAAGAGCGACUUACGAGCAGUAAAUUGCUUGAUUUUUAUCAUAAAUACCAAGCCUGGUAUAGAAAACUGCCAGCUUUGAUAAGCCUGGAAGGAAAGAAGGAACCCGAGCCACACAUCUUGGUACUACAGUAUGUCUGA